AUGAAGCAACGCCAUUUGGAAGGUGAUACUCAUCCUUUAUCUGUGGAAGAAAUCUUAGAGGAAGCCGUACUGCAUGACACACCACCAGCAACCAUAAAGUGGCUGGAGGAAGAAGCUCUCCCGAAUAAUCCCAAGAUCCGCGUUACUGAGGAUUCGAAAUUUGUAUUCAGGCCGAGAUAUAAUAUUCGUACUCGCAAGGACCUCUAUCAACUUUUUCGUCGUCAGGAACUUAAAGGACUAGGAGGAAUCUACCUAGACGAUCUAACUGAAUCCAUCCCUGAUGUCGAGAAAAUUCUCAGUAGUUUUGGUGAUCAUGUUAUUCGCAUUAUAACACCGCACGACAAGAAAACCAUUUUAUUUUACAAUGAUAAGUCGUUUGAUUUAAAUGUAGAUGAAGAAAAGUUAGCUGAUUGUGGAAUACAUCAGACUUUUGAGGAUGCGGAGAUUUAUGGCUGCGAGGUCCCUCUGGGUGUUGGGAUAGCGCUGCGCAUGAAACACCGUGGAGAAAAUUCGGUGUCUGUUACGCUUUAUGGAGACGGAGCAGCUAAUCAAGGACAGGUGUUCGAGGCCUUCAAUAUAGCCAAGUUAUGGAAUCUUCCUGUGAUAUUUAUUUGUGAAAACAAUAAAUACGGCAUGGGGACAGCAGUGCAUCGUGCAUCGGCUAACACGAACUAUUACACUCGUGGAGAUUACAUUCCUGGAUUGUGGGUCGAUGGCAUGGAUGUACUAACCGUUAGAGAAGCUGUUCGCUUUGCUGCUGACUGGUGUCGUUCCGAAAAAGGACCUAUACUGUUAGAAACAGAAACCUAUCGUUAUCAUGGUCACAGCAUGAGCGAUCCCGGGACCAGUUAUCGCACACGUGAAGAAGUUCAGUCAAUGAGACAUGGCCGAGAUCCUAUUGCUCUGUUCCAAAAAAAUAUUGUUGAUAUUGGACUGUGCACACAAGAUGAAGUCAAGGAAAUCGAGAAAAAAGUACGAACCGAGGUGGAUAAAGAUGUAGAAAAAGCUAUCAAUGAUCCCGAACCACCUUUAGACACUAUGUUUGGAAACAUUUACCAUGGGAUACCUGAAAACUACAAAGUUCGUGGCUGCGAUGUAAAAACUUGGGGAUCAACAUUUGUUACAAAGUGGUAAAGGUGUGCACAUUUGUGGAUGUAAAGGAAGCUGGUCUGUUUCUGCACUAAGUAGUCAGGUCCGUAGAAUGUUAUGUUAUAUACAUGGGAAACAAGUAUGUCUAGUUACACUUUUGUGACAGGGCCUGCAUACCCACUAAGUUAUCUUGUAAUUUCUUUUCUCUGAAAUGCAGUAUUUAACUUUAAUUUUGAAAUCAGUCUUCGUUUUACGCUUUGGUAAUAAAGAAUAUGCGUUUUCGUUAAUUUUGCGGUUACUCUCACGUGAUCCUGCAGAAUGGAAAUUAAAAUGUAUGGAAUAGGGGUAGAAUUGCAGUAGUUCCCACAAGUUAAAUGCACUGCAAACUUAUUUUGUGGCUAAAGUGAAUAUGAAUGGAGUACGCAAAAACACUAAACAGUUAUCUACCUUUGUUAUGCUGUAUUAACUUUGUGAAAGCUUACAUUUGUUUUGAUUAUUACUGAAUUCUGACAUAUGGCAUUCACUAAUCCAUAGCUGUAUUUGUUUCAAAAAAAGAGAAGGCUAUCCAGAAUCUGUUGGAAA